AUGCUGGAGAAAGACCGGAUAUCCUACUUCUACGACGGAGAUGUUGGCAAUGUCUACUUUGGGCCAAAUCACCCCAUGAAGCCUCAUCGUCUCUGUAUGACACAUCACCUUGUUCUUUCGUAUGGACUUCAUAAAAAGAUGGAGAUAUAUAGACCACACAAAGCUUAUCCAAUAGAGCUUGCCCAGUUCCAUUCUGCUGAUUAUGUGGAAUUCUUGCACCGGAUAACUCCUGACACCCAGCACCUAUAUGCAAGUGAAUUAACCAGAUACAAUCUUGGAGAAGACUGUCCGGUCUUUGAUAAUUUGUUUGAGUUCUGCCAAAUCUAUGCUGGAGGAACUUUAGAUGCUGCUCGCAGAUUAAAUCAUAAAACAUGUGACAUCGCCAUUAAUUGGGCUGGUGGGCUGCAUCAUGCCAAAAAGUGUGAGGCGUCAGGCUUCUGUUACAUUAAUGAUCUUGUAUUAGGAAUUCUGGAGCUUCUCAAGUACCAUGCCAGGGUUCUUUAUAUUGACAUUGAUGUCCAUCAUGGAGAUGGAGUUGAAGAAGCCUUUUAUUUCACUGACAGGGUAAUGACUGUGAGUUUCCACAAGUAUGGUGAUCUGUUCUUUCCUGGAACGGGUGAUAUUAAGGAUAUAGGAGAAAGGGAAGGAAAAUAUUAUGCCAUCAACAUUCCACUUAAAGAUGGGAUAGAUGACGCUAGCUUUACUCGACUUUUUAAAACAAUUAUUGCCAAAGUUGUUGAGACAUAUCUGCCUGGUGCUAUUGUUCUUCAAUGUGGGGCUGAUUCAUUGGCGAGGGACCGUCUAGGCUGCUUCAACCUCUCCAUUGAAGGCCAUGCUGAAUGUGUAAAGUUUGUCAAGAAAUUCAAUAUUCCUCUUCUGGUAACUGGAGGUGGUGGAUACACCAAGGAGAAUGUAGCAAGGUGUUGGGCUGUUGAAACUGGGGUCCUUUUAGACACAGAACUCCCCAAUGAGAUUCCAAACAAUGAAUACAUCGAGUACUUUGCUCCAGAUUAUACAUUGAAAGUUCCAAAUUUGAACAUGGACAAUUUGAACAGUAAGACAUAUCUCAGUUCAAUCAAAGUGCAAGUGAUGGAGAGUUUGCGGUCCAUACAGCAUGCUCCUGGUGUUCAAAUGCAAGAGGUUCCUCCCGAUUUUUAUAUCCCGGAUUUUGACGAAGAUGAAUUGGAUCCUGAUGAACGUGUUGACCAGCAUACCCAAGACAAGCAGAUUCACCGUGAUGAUGAAUACUAUGAAGGUGACAAUGACAAUGAUCACGACGAUGGCACACGCUAA